AUGAGCUUUCGAGACCUCAGCGUCAUCAAAGCCGUAAAGGCGCGAAGAGAGCCUGUUCGGACAGCGUCGACGAACAAGGAGCACCUGAAGGAGACGUUGGAAGCCUUGAAGACCCCCCGCUACCAGGGCAGCGUGACGAAGCCGUGGCUGGACGAGGAUGGAAACAUUAUUUGGUCCACAACCAGGCUCCGCACAGCCAACAUCGUAUAUAGUCAAACCUUCGAGAUGGUCAUGGGCAUUGUCAUUCUUAUCAACGUGGCUACCAUCAUCUAUGAAGCAAACCUCGAUGCCUCCUGCUAUCCAGAGUUCGUCGAGAACUACAGCGCAUGCCCCUGGAGGAGUGGAAACAUAGGAUGGCUCAGUGCUUUGAAUGCUGCCCUUCUGGUGAUUUAUUCCCUCGAAUGCUUUGCACGGCUGUAUGUUGAGCGUACACAGUUUCUGUGCAACCGGUGGAACAUGUUGGACUUUACAACCGUACUCCUUGGAUGGACGAGUGUUUUGUUGGCAGCAACUACGGAUUCGGCCAUCAACUUGGGCUUGUUCAGGCUCUUGCGCCUAGUUCGCGUGCUCAGGGCCAUCCGCAUCUUGAUUGCUAUUCCUGAGUUCUACUUGCUGGUCACUGGCCUCUGGUCUGCGAUAAAGGCCAUUUUCUUCGGAUCAGCGAUGCUGCUGUUAGUCAUCGUCUUUUGGGCCGUCGUGUCUGUGGAAAUGUUCCAUCCUGUGCUAAGCGUCAUCUCGUCGAGCACAUGCCGAAGAUGCCAGAAGGGCUUCAGCAACGUAUUUCAAGCAGCCGUCACGCUGUUCCAGCAGAUCGUUGCAGGCGACGGAUGGGGGGAAGUUUCUCAGCCGCUGCUUGAUGCCAAUCCGUGGAUGGCAAUUGCCUUGUUCCUCAUCGUCGUGACAGUCUCCCUGGGGGUCCUGAACUUGAUCUUGGCUGUCAUCGUUGAAAGCGCAGCCGAAGCGAGGGAGAACGACCACGAGCAGAAGAUAAAGCAAAAGGACGCCGAGCGCAACAAGAACAUGGUGGAUCUCGCAAUUCUUUGUGCGGACCUGGACACCGACGAAAGUGGCACAGUUUCCCUUGAAGAGAUGCGGCACGGCUACGACAGUGUUGCAGAUUUCAAGCGGCUCAUGGACCACAUGGACAUUAAAAGGGACGAGAUGGAGUUGAUUUUCAACGUGUUGGAUGCGGAUGGCAGUGGAAACGUUUCCUACCUCGAGUUCUGCAAGAAUCUCGGGAGCUUCUUUAAGCGGGAUCCCGUCAUUAUGCAUUCUCUGGUCCAGUGCUCCGUCAUGGACUUGAAGAAGGUGGUGAGGGAAGAAAUGGCUGCCAUCAUGAAGCGUCAGCACGCAGAGGUGAUGCAGGAGCUACGGAGGAUGACCUACCGUCUUCCCCUCCAAGGCUUCUCGGCCCCCUCGGCCCCGGCUUUUGCGCAAGCCGCCAAGAUCUCGGACUCCAGGAGCAUGGAGACGCUGCUUAGCUUUGAGCACAUUGACAAAGAGCUUGAGCCCCUGCUUGCGAAGAUUGAAUGUUUGGCGGCCGAGCUUGAUGUGCCCAAGGGGCCCAAUCCACUGUCACAUGGCACUGAUAGUGGCGCCAUCCUCGGCGCCGAAGAGGAGGCCGAGGAGUGCAAGCUGGAGGCCGCAGUUGCGGAUGAGCUUGGGGUCCUUGCGGACGUCGCCUCGCCUUCCUCGUAUUCCUCAAAUAUGGCAAAUGCAGACCUGGACGCGCGGUACGCGAUCUUGUUCAACAGGCUUCAGCAGCGGGUGGAGGAGGCAGAGCUGCUGCAGAACAGGCUCAGCCACGCGGUUCGCGCGGUUCAGUACUUGAGCAACUCGAGCUCCCACUGUGCCCAAAUGAGCCUCGACCAAGUCGGCCAUUUGAAGCGCAAGGUUCUCUUGUAG